GUCGUUGACUUGGGUCUUGCUCUAUAUUCUUUUGAUUAUAAAUCUAAUCUCGAAACAGUCUUACCUUCCCAUUACACAUCAUGAUGACUGUUCUUUCUGAAUUCCUAGAAGGAUCAUCAUCCUCUUCACAUACUCAUGGUCUGAAACAUGACGUAUUUUUAAGUUUUAGAGGCUGCGACACUCGUCAUAGUUUCACCAAUCACCUUCAUAAGGCCCUCAUCGCCGCCAAUAUUACCGUCUUCUUCGAUGAUGAUGAGAUUAAAACCGGAGAAGAUCUGAAACCGGAAUUGGAGAGUGCAAUUAAAGCAUCUAGGGCUUCUAUUAUCAUUUUGUCCAAGAAUUACGCUGAUUCGUCAUGGUGCCUUGAUGAAUUGUUGUUGAUCCUUGAGCAACGUAGGACAUCCAACCAGAUUGUUAUCCCCAUUUUCUAUCAUGUUGAGCCCACCCAUAUCAGAAAGCAAGAAGGCACCUUUGGAAUUGCUAUGGCUAAGCACAGGCAGCAGAUGGAGACACAGACAAAUGCAAAUAAAAAAAGUCAAAUGGCUCAAAAGAUCGGUCGUUGGAGGAGAGCACUUACAAAAGUUGCUAAUUUAAGCGGAGAGAACGUAAAGGGCUGGCUAGAGGCAGAGUUCAUUGAUGAGAUUGUUAAGGACAUUUGUCGUAGAUUACAAAUACCCUUAAGAAAUGGUAUACCGCAACUUAUUGGGAUGAACAAUUCCAUCAAAUUUGUCACUUCAUGGUUGAAAGAUGAUUCCUCGUAUACAGGAGACAUACUCACUAUUUUGGGUAUGAGCGGAAUCGGUAAGACAUCUUUAGCAAAAUAUGUCUAUUGGUCAAAUUUUCGAGAAUUCGACACAAGUAGUUACAUUGAAGAUAUUAGCAGGAGGUGUGUUGACAAAUAUAAUGGGUUGCAUGAUUUGCAAAAACAACUCUGUGGUGACAUUACCAAAACAAGUCCAACUCAAUUCCAUUAUAAUUCUAUAUGCACCUCACAAAUAGAGAAUGCAAUAGAGAAUAAAAAGGUGUUUCUAGUUCUUGAUAAUGUUGAUAGUGUUCAACAGUUAGAUGCAUUACUUGGAAGUAGAGGUUUUCAACAAGGAAGCAAAAUCAUAUUAACGACAAAUGAUGCAUGGUUGACAAAGAGUUGUGCGCUAUUCAAAACAAAUGUUAAACCCAAGCAUGCAAAGCACUUGCUUCAAGGCUUAUGUGAAACUGGAUCACGAGAACUUUUGUGUUUUCAUGCAUUCAUGUGCAAAAAUCCCAAUACAGGUUUUGAAGAGGUAUUAGAAAAUAUAAUGACAUACUGUGGUGGGCAUCCAUUGGCUCUUGAAGUUUUGGGCAAGUCUCUAUAUAAUCGAGAUGUAGCUUAUUGGGAAGAGUGUAUAAAAGGGCUAAAGAAAGAAAUUGGUUCUCACAUCAAUAACGUCUUGAGAAUGAGCUUUGACUCUUUGCCAUCCAAAAAUGACAAGGAUUUAUUUAAGCAUAUUGCUUGUUUUUUUGUUGGAAUGGAUAGGGAUGUUACCGAAACAAUAUUAAAGGCUUGUGCUAUAAACACACGAGUUGGGAUCACAAAUCUAAUCGAUAGAUGCAUGCUUAGUGUUGGUGAGAAUAACAAACUAAUGAUGCAUCAGCUGCUUAGAGACAUGGGAAGAUUUGUGGUACGUCAAGAAUCACUGGAAAAACCGUGGAAGCGAAGUCGAUUAUGGUGUCAUGAGGAGUCGUUCAAAGUUUUGAAACAGAAAAAGGGUAAGGGAAAUCUUCUAGGCCUUGCUCUUGACAUGCGAAUGCUUGAGAAUGAAAAAUUACGAUCGUCGUUUAAGUUGAAAACUGAUGUGUUGGGUAAUAUGGAUAAUUUGAUGCUACUGCAACUCAAUUAUGUUCAAAUUGAUGGGUCUUAUGACAAGUUUCCAGAAGAAUUGAGAUGGUUGUGUAUGCACGGAUUCCCUUUAAAGACUAUACCAUCAGACUUGCAAAUGGAGAAUUUGGUUGCCCUUGACAUGUCAUAUAGCAAUAUUCAAUCAUUUGGUAUUUGUGAUAUAAAUCCACGACUUGAGAGUAGGAACGAGGUAAUCGGGUCAUCUUUAAAUGGCAAAAUGUCGUUUGAAUCACUAAAGAUACUUAAUUUAAGUUUCUGUGAACAACUCCAUAUAGUGUUUGGCUUUGGCGAGCUCCUUGCUCUAGAGAGGUUAAUACUUACAAAUUGCAUUGGUUUACUUGUGGUUUGUGAAUCAAUUGAGCAAUGUGUUAAACUUGUCCUCGUUGAUCUAAGCUAUUGUAACAAGCUUGAAAACCAACCAAGAACCAUAAGCAUGUUAAAGAACGUUAAAACACUAUUGUUAGAGGGUUGUAAUCUUGGUGAAUCUCAAUUUGAGAUAAGAGAUAUAGAUCCACCGAAAAUAUUCAAUGUAAACAACAUUGUCAUAAACGCAAAAACCUCUCCAUCCAGCAUUUUGGGGGCUAUACCAAGUGAUUUCAAGUUUGUUGCAAGCUUUUUAUCGGGAUCUUUAGUGAAGUUAUCACUUGCAAAUAAUAAUUUGUCCACCGAAUCCUUUCCCAUAGACUUCAGUUGCCUACCCAUAUUAGAAGAAUUGUAUUUAGAUGAAAAUCCUAUUGCUUCCUUGCCCAAUUGUGUGAGAAGCCUUCCUAGACUUAAGAAACUUAGCCUAGAAAACUGUAAAUAUUUAAAGUCAGUUGAGUAUCCUCCACAUACACUAAGAAAGUUGAUCCUCUAUUCUUCUCAUAUCUCUUCACUACGAAGAGUUGCACUUGAUCCAGAAAUCCGCCCACUCAAGUUAUCAGUGUAUUCAGAUUAUAUAGCACCAUUGUCAUUUGAAUUUGAAGGCAUGGUCAAACUCCAACCAAUAGUAAGCGUUCGGGAAAAUGUUUUACAUAGUUUAGGUUGGAAAAAUUUAGACUUCCUUAAUGAAAUGCGCGUAGGAACUCAUUUUUGGUCUAAACGAGCACAAGAAUCUCAGAUUCAGAUGUAUUAUGAAUUUGGAAUCUUCAGCACAAUUUAUGGAGGCGAAGAGAUGCCGAAUUGGAUCAGGCGUAGAAGUAAGCAGGCAUCAAUAUCAUUUACCAUACCAUCAUCUCGUAAUAAGGUCAGAGGAUUGAAUUUCUGCUGCAUACACAAGGUUCCAUUUCCUGAGAAGAGGAUUUUAUUUCCAAAUGAGGAGUUUCGUUAUUUGCCAAUGAUCAUACUUCAUAAUAUAACAAAGAAGCGCACAUGGGUAUACAAUCAUUAUGUUUACAAAGUCAAUGUAGGUGGAGAUUGCCAAAUAUUGUUAAGCCACUGGAUGUUUGGGAUGAAUGAGAUGGAACGUGGUGACCAGAUUACGGUUAUUGCAAAGGCAGAAGUAGAUCAAAUUAUAAAGGAGUGUGGGGUGAAGCUUGUGUAUGAUGAUGGAAGCACAAAUGAAGAUGAAGAUCCAUUGGAUUAUUACAAGUCAUGGAAUCACAUCAAUGGUGGAGAUCUUUCUGCUUUUGAAAUAAUUAAAGGAGCAUACUUCUUACACAACACAGAGUUUAUGAUGAACUCCCAAUUUAACGGUAUAUAUCGUUCUUAUCAAAACCAUGAUUUGAACUAUGAUCCAAGUAGAUGCAUAAUUAUGUGGCCAAUUAGUUAAUGGAUAAUCUGAUCAUUGACCCAACUUUUUAAAAAAUAGAUGGAUCAUGGCAUAUUUAUUUUUAAAUAGAUAGACCAUGGUCUAAUUAUUUUAAAAUAUAUAUAUGAAUCAUUAUUUAUUUAAUUAUCCAAAAUAUAAAAUUACUUUUAAUUUUCAAAUGGAUCAACCUAAAUGGUCGAUAGACCCAAGUAUUGAUCUAUCUAAAUUGGUUGAUUUGUUGGAUCAAUCAGUAUGGGAUUUUUGUAAGUUUCUUCACAAAAAAUAUCAUAACUAGAUCAAAACCCAAAUCAUUUAGAGAACUAAUCAUAACUACUCUUUUACGCACGUGGGUGUAUGUGAAUAAUAACUAAUGUAGUAUUAUUUUUAUUUUUGGUUUCAU